UAGUCAGAUUUUGAAACGUCUCUCUCUCGUCCGCAGUUAUUAUAGUCAGAUUUUGAAACGUCUCUCUCGUCCGCAGUCCCUAUCCUCCCUCGCCCUCUCACUCCCGUCCGGGGUCAGGGUUCUCUACCUUUCAACCGGCUAGUGACCAGAGCAACCGGCGACCGGCGGCAACCUUCGUCCGGAUACUGGCCAUGAACCGGUGGAACGGACAAGGUAUCGGCCAUUACGGGCGGUGAUGGCAUUCUUAACCAUUACCGGUGAAGAAGAACAGCAAGUAAGCCCGGUAGUUCCCUUCUCUCUUCAUGCUAUGUCUUGCUGUUCAAUAUUCCAUGGGAGGUGUCUCGCUGUCCAAAAAGCCUCUAAAAGGGUUUCCCCUUUUCCUGUGAGGGAGAUUAUAUUUGCAGACACGAAACAGAAGAACGGUAAAUCGAGAAGAAAGAUGCGACCACCUUCACUCCAUACCAGCUUCUUCUCUUCUCUUAAGCAGGUUGAGAAGAGGUUGGAAUCAGAAAGUUCAUCGCAGGUUCAUGGACACUGUUCUUCAUCAACUAGAAUAGGAACAAGUUGCAAUUCAACUGACCCUCUUAGCUCUCCUAUUUACCUCAACCACGACCAACAACCCAACAGCAGCAGCAGCUCAGCCCUCCAUGACAGUGAACCUCCUCCAGAGUUUCUCUCCCAUUCUCUUGACUUCCCAGUGACCCAUGAAGACCCACCUCCACCAAACAUGGAAAAACAAGACCAGGUCAUUGGUGAGGCUGAAGACAACAAGGACGAUAUCGAGCAGUUGAUUGAACUCCUGAGUUUGUCAGACUGCACCACAGAAAAUGAAGAUGAAGAAAAGGAUAAGCAGAAACAGAGAACUAGUGAUGGGUUUUGCUUUUGUCAUGGAGGGUUUUAUUCAAAGAUUGCUGGGGUGAGGGGACCCAAGUGUGUGAAGGAAAUGGAGAGGUUGGAUGGGUGGAUUAAGUACUUCUUAAGUGGUGGUGAUGGAGAAAGGAAGGAGCCCUUGAGAUUGGUUCACUUGCUCUUGGGUAAAGCAGCUUGUGCUGGUGAAGAUGAUAGUGGUUUUGGAGUGUUUGAGUUCCCACCAACUAUAGAGGAAUUUCUGCAGUAUGAUCCACCAAUGACUUAGGCCAAAUUGAUUUUCUUUUGAACUGUUAUUAGCUUGUGUAUGUGAGAAUGAAUGGAUUUUUAAUCAUAUUAAAAUCUAAUCACAUUAUUUAUGUAUUUGUUCCCCAAAAAAAAUCCAUUACAGAAGCAGAAGCCUGUGAUUGCAUGGUUGAAAAUUAAUCUCGUCAGAUUGGCAAGGCCUUGGGCCUUUUUAUCUUGGGUGUAGAGGCAUUCACUAGAAAAUCCUUCAAAGGAUUUGAGAAAAAUAGGAAGGAGAGAUGUAAGAAGACUAUUUUGAAGGAAGGUGGAGAAGUGGAAUGAUGGAGAAGGUUAAGAAGUUUCCAUUUUGAUCUGUGUGAGAGUUGUCGUGUGAUGUAUUGGUCAGGUUCUUGUAGGUUGUGUGCGAGUUGUAUUGGAUGGUGGGAUUGUUCUUUCUUUUCUCUGGUGAUUUCUUAUCACCUUCCUCGUGUACUUUCUUUUUGUUUUCUUAAUGAAAUUUCAUAAAAAAAAAAAUCAGAUUGAUUGCAAUUUUUGGCAUUAAGAUGUCAGCAACUCUACAUCACCUCUGUGAUCCUCCCAAUAUUGUUAUAAGAUUUGAAUGUUUUGGUCAAUUACAAGUUUCAAAUCCAUUACAACAAAAUGUAUUAAACUAUCAUGAAGAUCAUUGAUCCUGUACAGUUGUUGAUGUGCUCUUAUCUCAGUAAUGGUCAAGUCCCAAUCAAAGUUAGUGGAUUGUAAGGAUCUUAUUGGUAAGUUCGUAGCUUUGAAAACAUCCAUAGAAUGCUUUCAUGAGAUCAUGGUCUAGGGGCUUUUAUCCCUUCUUCGGAAAGAAAGUGUCAUUGCUUGGAUCUAAUUCUACUCGCCUUGUCUUCAAAAGGGCAGACAAGACCUCAUUCAUGUAUCUCUGAUCCUCUGGUGAGAGCUAAUUCUACUUGCCUUCUUCGGCAAGAAAGUGCAAGACAAGGCCAAUUCAAGGAGAUCGAUCACUUUCUUUUGCUCCUUUUGGGCGGAUAUAGUGAGCUAGAUCUGGGUGAGUCACUUGAAAAAGCCUUUCUGCUCCAUUUUUGAGAGCCUAAUCCACCAAUUGAUGAAGAGUAAUUCACAACCCAUUCUCUUCUAUUGGCCCAAUGGGACUUCUUUUGGUUAGGAACUCCAUCACCACUUGUCCAAAGCUGAAAAUGUCAACCUAAGUUGUAAUUUUCCUCAUGUAUGCAAAUUCUAGAAAAAAAAACUAAAAAAGAAAGAAACAAAUAAAUGAAUUUUAUCAUUUUCAGUAGUAAAGUCUUAAGUGGAGAACAUGUCAUAGAUGGGGCAAGAAAAUGCCCAAACCAUUGUCUGUUGAACAUGUCAUAGUGGAGAACAUCAUGUGAUUGUUACUGAUCAAAGAAAAGAACAUCAUGUGAUUGUUCACAAGCAAUUCAUAGAGAACAUCAAGUAAGACUGCUUUACAUUGUCUGUUGAAAUGGCAAUUGAUUUGUGUCUUAAUUGAAAUGGACAAUUUGUUUUCACCUAUUGAUUUAAGAUAAUGUUCUUUGAAAACUCAGAUAAUACUUAGUUGCUUAAGAUGCUCCAUGGUUUUCCGAAUGGACCCAUUUAGCUUGUUUCCUUGGAGAUUUAAGUUUUUUUUUGAAGUUAAAUAAAAAGUAAACUUUAUAAGUGAAAAAGGUAAGAAAUCACCCAGCAAGAACAGACCCAGAAUAUGACAGGCCUGCCCUAACAAAUAGCCCCUUAAACAGAAAAAUAACCCUAUAUGCAAAACAAAACACCUUAAGAAACAAAUCCAUAACCGACUACAGAUAUCACAGAGAUCCCUUCCACCAACCCCUAGAACAACUAAAACAAACAAUAAGCUGUAUAUCCCAGACCCUCCAGAUCCUGCCAAAAAGCACAUAAGAAAAACACCCUGAACCCAAACAACUAACUGAUGAAAUGCUCAACUUAAGCUUUAUCCAUUUUCUCAUCAUGCCCACUGUCUAAUAUAGAAAACUCUUUUCUCAUAUGGGCUUAUUUCUUUAUCUUUCUUCUUCCCUUUCUUUUUUUAAUCCCUCUCCAAUACUCCCAGCUUCAACCUGGCAAAAACAUUUGAAACUUGCCUCUUUUGAUUGGUUUUCUGUCUUCUAAAUCUUUCUUAAUGCAUUAGGGCAUUUCUCCACCUUCAUAGAUACUUCCCUUUGCGCAUUAAUUCUUUCUAACUCAAAUAUGGCAUUUUUCUCAAACAAUUGAUCAGUACUCGUGUCAUCUCUACACUUCCCCUCCUCUAUGCCUACACUUCCUUUCAAAUAUGAAAGGAACUUGAAUCUUGAGAAAGCAUUUGGAAUGGUACCUGUGAAUUUGUUUUGUGCUAACCGGAGAAAAGUGAGUUGUUUCAACUCAAAUAAUGGCUUUGGAAUCUCACCUUCUAGAUUAUUCUCAGGCAGGGAAAAUAAUUGAAGUUGUGAGGAAGUUUUUCGAAGGGUAAAUUACAAAGCCCCCCAUACUAUGGGGUCAGUGACAAUUACCCCCUUGAACCUUCCUUUGGCUGCGUUUGGUUGGAGUGCAAAUCUGAACGGUUGCAAAUUUGCAUUCUGGUUCAGAUUUGCAUUCAUUUGGUAAGAGUUCAAAAAUACGCCUAUUUUUUAUGCAAAAAUGUGUAUAGACCAAGGUUUGCAUCGAAAAUAGGUGAAAAUAUUGCUUUAUAAAAAACUAAGGAAAUUUUGCCACGAUUUUGGUCGAAGUAAAUAAGCAUAGGUUUUGACUGUUUUCUCUUCAAGCAUUCGAUAGAGAAGAGAAAGGUUCUGCGAUAGAGGUAAGAGAGAUCUGGACUCUCAUUUUGAUUUUCUUUUCAUUUUUAGGUCACUUCCCUCGUCGGAAGAGAGAUCUGAACUCCAAAUCUAUUGAUUUGCCUUUUCCUGAGAGGUAUGUCUGAUAUUUCUUCGUCCUAUGGGAUUUCUUGAAUCUUCCUUCAUUUUCCUCUUGAAUCUUGAAUCUAUUCGGUUCAUUGAAUCUUCCUUCAUUUUUGGUUCCUUGGGAUGUUAUCUUAUUAUGGGUUUUCUCAGGGAAUAAGCACUUAGAAAAAAAAUAGCAGAGAGGUGUGUUUUCUUUGGUUUUGGCGAUCCUUUUGCUGAAUUUGGUGGUUUUGGUGGCUUUGGUAUCCAUAGGAGUCUAACCUCUAGUUUUUUUUGGGGGGAAGGACCCUUUCAGUGAUCCUUUCUUUACUAGUCCAUUCCAAAGCAUGUUUGAAUUUAGUAUGAUGGGACUGAGCAUGUUUGGGUCAAGUUCAAGGUUUUUUGGAGACUCAGAUAUGCAUCCAGUUGGAUUCCUGGAGCAUCAAGCUCCACAAUCCAGUAAACCAAAGGGGCCGAUUAUCAAAGAGAUAACAUCUGAAGAUGAGUCCAAAGAAGAACAAGGAGCCAAAGCGAAAGAGAAGACUGAAAACCCUAGGAAGUAUUCUAGGUCAAAGGAACCGUAUGUUGAGGAUCCAGAUGAUGAAUCUCAAGAGGAAGAGCAAGCAUGUUCAGUAUUGGAAUGACUAUAACAGGGCAGAUAGAGCGCAUCCCCAGGCUCGUAGUUAUAGCUUUCAGAGUUCCACUGUUACUUAUGGAGGUGCCAAUGGGGCAUAUUAUACUUCGUCUACAACCAGAAGGACUGGCAGUGAUGGGGUGACUGUAGACGAGAACAGAGAAGCUGAUACAACUACUGGUCGAGCCACACACAAGGUUUCGAGGGGACUUCAUGAUAAGGUUGGAGGAACUUGCAUAAGAAUUGGGGGAAUCGCAAAAGGUUCUGGCAUGAUCCACCCAAAUAUGGCUACCAUGCUUGGUGUAUGUCUUGUUCAAUGAACUCUAAUAAUCUCAGAAAGUUCACAUUGAAAAUUGAGAUUUACAAAUGUCAAUGAAUUAUAACUUCUGCUCCAGGUGAUGUUUUCAGGUGUUUUUAGAAGUGCAGAAGGGAUGUUUAGCAACCUUGAACACGUUUUCAUGUUUUCAGGUUAAUCAUUAGUCUUUCAACAGAAGAACCAUAAGAAGCUGAGCCUACUCUUGCGUUCAAGAAUGCACUCAACAAGAGAUUUUCUAGAUUCUGUAAUUUCAAAAAGAAGUCUUUAACAAAAGGUUUUUUUGUUAUUUUUUAUAUUUAUUUAAUGGUCUAUUAUUUUUUAUAUUUGUUUAAUGGUGGGAGUAGCUAGAACACCAUUUGGUAGCAAGGAACAAUUGUAUUUGCAUUGAUGAAA